CACACAUUCGGGUCCGGCGUACCCGCCGAUCAUUUCCGCCGUUGUCUGCACCCGGCAGUACGCCGAGUUUGUCUCUACAAACAUAAUCGGAUUCCGACGGAGAGAUUGUUAACUUCCUACGUCUCCAUACUGGGGUUAUUAUUUCAAAUGAACAGUCAUGGACGAUGAUGACAGCCACGACGAACUCAUCAACAAAAAUGCCGGCUUUGGAAGAGGCAAAAGAUGUAAUUCGGCUCUUCUCAGUGAUGAUGAAAUUAGUGGAGAUGAACAUGAACAGGGAGAGACAGACAGCGAAGAAGAAGAUGGUGAUGAAGAAGAUGAGGAAGAUGAUAGUGAAGAUUUAGAGGAAGAAGAAUGCAGUGACAGCUCUGAAGACUGUGAGAAAGUAGAAACUGAGAAGUGCUUUGAUCGAGAUUUUGAAACUUUGACUAAUGAACUUGCAAUUGAGCAUUCUGACAAUGAAGAAGAAAACUGUCCAAUUUGCCUCAAUACGUUUCAAGAACAAGUGCUUGGAACUCCAGAGAGCUGUGCACAUUAUUUCUGCUUGGACUGCAUCUUGGAGUGGUCAAAGAAUGCAAAUUCCUGCCCAGUGGAUCGGAUUGUAUUUAAAAACAUCUGCAUAAGAUCUUGUUUUAAAGGAAAAAUAUUAAAAAAGAUUCCAGUCCAGAAUCAUGAACCUGCUGAAGAUCAGUUUGAAGAAGAUCAAACUAUCUGUGAGGUUUGUGGUAGAAGUGACAGAGAGGACCGCCUUCUUCUUUGUGAUGGAUGUGAUGAUGGGUACCAUAUGGAGUGCCUUAACCCCCCUCUGGAUGCAGUUCCUGUUGAAGAAUGGUUCUGCCCUGAAUGUGCUAUCAACAAUCCACCUCAAGAUUUGUCAGCUGAUGAAAUUAGUGAAGGAGAAGUUGCAGCUUUGAUUGAUGAUACUGUACCAACCACAAGUCGAUUGCGUAGCAGUGCACGACGAACUCGUGUUAUUGCACGAACUCGCCAGAGUGAGAGAGUCAGAGCUUCCGUGAACAGGAGCAGAAUUACACAAGCAAGAACCUUACAGAGCGUUCCUAGACAUUUAAUGGAAUCCAGUCUACUUGAUGAAACUAUUAAUGCUGUUGUUGCUGGGUUGAAUACUGCUGUAUAUGUUCGCCCUUUGGCUCCACGGGCAACAACGAAGAAGCGAAAAACAAGGAGAAGAAGAACCAGGAAAAAGAAACCAUGUUCAAAAUCAGCAGCAGGAGUGCGAAAAGGUGGUCAAGCCAGUAGUGUAUGUGGUGGCCGUCGUAGGAGACGAACUAAGAAGAGGAGCAGCAAGAAACGACCAGUGGUUCCACAUGCUAUAACUGCAAAAUCCCGUAUAGCUAAAACCUUGGGCAUUGGCAAACCAGUACAUGGUGCUUCAGUGCCAUCUGUGUACAGACCAGUUGAGUCUAGCUUGAGUAGCAUGAGGGCUGAUAUUGGAGCUGCACCAUUAUCAGUCUAUGGGGACCCUUUUGACUUGGAUCCAUUUGAUGAAAGCAAUAGAGAGCAACCAGCAAGUCCAUUAUGCCCCGCAGAUGCCAAGAGAAAAAGUCUUUCACAGUCAGCUAUUAGAUCACAUCAGCCAGUGGCAAGACCUGUAUCCAUCGGAAUAUCCAGAACUGGGUUAAGUAUACCAGAACCUGUGGAGAUUGUUGAAGCUGCCCCUGUACCUGAUCUCAUAGGAAGCAUUUUGACAGGGCAGAGUUUGCUAAUGAUGGACAGUGCUGACAUUAUAAUUAACAGAGAUGGAUCUUUGAAAGCCAAAAAGGCAGUGACAAUGCCCACAUCAAGCAGAACUAUCUCUUGUGAUUUGAGGUCUGACGAAGUAACAUCUGGAAUCUAUAUGGAAGAUUCUUCAUUCUCAGGAAUAAGUGCCUGUAACUAUGGUGAUACUAUGACCACAUCAGAUGUUAAUGUUUCUACAAUGCCCUCAUCAUCUAGGUCUUUGUAUUCAACUCUGAAGUCAUCAUUGAACUUAAAAGAUACUUUUAAUCCACUGCCUUCCACCUCAAGAAGUAUAGUAGAUAGGCCUCCAAUUUCAUCUCGCCCAAGGCCUGGUUCACAAUCUAGUUUUAGGCCUCUUACAUAUGCAGAGAAAAUGGAAAAUCAUAAAAAUAAUGUGAGCACCAAAGGGGCAGUGGCUUGUGGCAUGUCAUCAACUGAGAAGAUAAAUGGAUUCUCUAACAUACCUUACAGCAUGGAUCUGAAAAGAACACAGGCAAAACCAGCUUGGGAGUUUGAUUCAGCUAAACUACCCAAAAUACCAAAGAUUAAGAGAGAGGAAAAUGACACCUCUCCACGGAAUAGCCAACCUACUAAUGGAAUUCCAGAUUCUUGUAUUAACAGACUUACAGGUCGUGAUGAUCAUUCAACUACAACAAGUACAGGGUUAAGUACAAGUCAGCUGCUGAGAAAUUAUCCAGGAAACUCUUCUUCCAACAGUUCUGGCAUGCCUUCUAGGUCAGUUCCGUUUGGUACACAUGGAGGUAUAGGUGGUUCUACUGUGAGUUUUAGGAUAAAUGCAAGUGGAAGUUCUUGGCAGUCUAGAAGAUUUGGAAUUCCCAAUGCUUUCAAUAACCCUUUGAAAAAAGCAGUGGACUCCAAGGAAAACUUUAAUAAAAGCAAACAAAAAUUAUUGUCUCUUCAGGCAAAAAAGAAAGACAAGGAAAAGGAAAAACAAAGUGAAAUAUAUGACCCUUUCAAUCCUACUGGCUCAGACUCUAGUUCUUCAGACACUGAGACAUCUCCUGGAGUACUGCAGUCUCAGAUGUCUAGUACAAAUAAAGCAAAAUCUGAGUCCUGUGAACAAGAAUUAGAAACAUGUAUUUUAGAACCUGCUGUCCAUAGUACUUUCACUUCUGCCGAUCACUCGCACUUAGUAACUGUGGAUGAUACCAAAGAAAACACAGACUUGAGGAAAUGUUUGGUGAAUGAGCAACAGGAUUGUGCAUUAGAAGUGGAUGUUAAGAAUUCGUCCAUUGACCAUUCUGAUAAUUCAACAAGCAUUACAGCCUCUCGAAAUCAUAGUUUAAUUGAAGGUGGACAUAUAAGUGAUAGUAGUGAAAAUAGUGAUACAAUUGAUGAGGAUUUUGUAAUACAGAUUGCAAAUAAAGUUCUUAAGAAAGAUAUUCACUCAAGGACCAGCCCAAUAUUGAAUACACAUAAUGAAAUCUGGUCAAAGAAUGAUACCACAAAAGCUGUUACUGAAGAACACACUCCAAGGUUAACAUCUACAACAGUAUCUGAUGCUCAUUCUACUCAUAGCAAAAGCAUUAAACAUGAGGAAAGAGAAUGUUCCAAAGAAAGGUCAGAAUCUAGUAGUUCUGAGGUUAUAAAAAAGAAAGCAGCUAAGAAAAAAAAACAGUCUAGAUCCAGGUCUAGAGAAAGGAGGAGAUCAAGGUCUCAUUCAGCUAGUUCAUCAAGCUCUUCAUCUGUUGUGUCUGAAAGAAGGAGAAAAAAGAAAAGAUACUCAAGAUCCAGGUCUAAAGAAAGACGGCGUUCUCGUUCAAGUAGUGCUGACAGAUCUCGGAGGAAAAAACAUAAGAGAGAAAGAAGUUUUGACCGAUACAGUAGUAGAGGAAGUGCCCAGAGAUCGAAGGACAGAAAGAGGAGGAGAUCAAGGUCAAGAUCUCACUCAAGAGAACGAAGGAAAUGUAGAUCAAGGUCACGAUCUGUACCAAGAUAUAAAGAGCACUGGUCAAAAUCAAAAGCAGGUAAACGGAAGCAUAGGUCACGGUCCAGAGAGCGGCGCUCGCGGUCCAGGGACCGGAGGUCACGAUCUAGAGAGAAGAGAUCACCAUAUAUGGAGAAAAAUUUUCAAACUAGGCAAAAGAGGACAUCUUCUCGAGAAAAGUGGUCAUCAUCUGGAGAAAAGAGAAAUUGUAUUAACAGAGACCAAUUACAGUUUGUUGUAAUAAAUAAUGAAGAUAUAUCUGAAGAAAUGACUGAGAAGUCUGCUUUCUCAUACAAAUACCUUCCAGAAGAUGAAGCUAAAACAGUUUCACGGGUUGUAAAGAAUGAGCAAAGAAUUCCAUCCUUGGUUUCACAGUUGUAUCAUGACACUGAAGAAACAAAUGAUUCUGAUAGUCCAGUUGAAGGUAGUGUUAAUGAAUGUGUAGAACUCAAGUGCAAUAUUAAAGUUGAGGCCACUGUAAAGGAAGUUUCAGAAAAUGUUUCAGGGGUUAGAAAAGAUGUAUGUAGAAUAACCAAAAUUUGUCCUUUAGACACUGAAGUAGAAAAAACAGUUAGUGCUCCCAAAAUUGAUUCCUUUUUAAUGGACAUUUCUCAUUCUUCUAAAGAUGACAGACCAGAAUCUCACGGGGAAGGAAAUGAUAGACUGGAAUUCCCAUGGGACAUGAGAGAGAGAUCGAGAUCUCCUAGGGAAGAACAAGAGAAAACAAGAUUAUUCAGGGAGAAGAAAGAUAGACCUAGUUUUUCUAAGGAAGAGGAUAAAAGAUCUGGAUUUCUCAAAAAACAGAAAGACAGGCCUAUAUUCCCCCGGGAAGAGGAGGAAAGGCCAGUAUCUCUAAGGCAAGACACACAUAGAGCAGAAGCUUUUAGGGAAGAGACCGAAAUACCAGCGUCAUCUCUAAGAGAAUUGACCUGUAAACCAGAACCACCUCUUAGGGUUGUAACUUUCAGACCAGAACCACUACUUAGGGUUGUGACUUACAGACCAGAACCACCUCAUGGGGAAGUGUCCUUUCGACCAGAACUACCUCUUAGAGAAGUGACAUACACUUAUCGGCCAGAACCUCCUGUUAGAGAAGUGACUUACUCGUACAGAACAGAAUCUCUGAAGGAGGAGACUUUCAGACCAGAAAUAUAUAAAGAAAAGAUCCACAGAACUGAACCUGUAAGGGAAGAAGCCUGCAGACCUGAACCUGCUGUAGACUUUGAGACCCGCAGGCACGAACCCGCUGUAGACUUUGAGACCCGCAGGCACGAACCCGCUGUAGACUUUGAGACCCGCAGGCACGAACCCGCUGUAGACUUUGAGACCCGCAGGCACGAACCCGCUGUAGACUUUGAGACCCACAGGCACGAACCCGCUGUAGACUUUGAGACCCACAGGCACGAACCCGCUGUAGACUUUGAGAGCUACAGGCACGAACGUGCUGUAGACCUUGAGACCCCCAGGCACGAACGUGCUGUAGACCUUGAGACCCCCAGGCACGAACGCGCUGUAGACCUUGAGACCCCCAGGCACGAACGCGCUGUAGACCUUGAGACCCCCAGGCACGAACGCGCUGUAGACCUUGAGACCCCCAGGCACGAACGAGCUGUAGACCUUGAGACCCCCAGGCACGAACGAGCUGUAGACCUUGAGACCCCCAGGCACGAACGAGCUGUAGACCUUGAGACCCCCAGGCACGAACGAGCUGUAGACCUUGAGACCCCCAGGCACGAACCCGCUGUAGACCUUGAGACCCCCAGGCACGAACGCGCUGUAGACCUUGAGACCCCCAGGCACGAACGCGCUGUAGACCUUGAGACCCCCAGGCACGAACGCGCUGUGGAACCUGAGACCCACAGGCACGAACCCACUGUGGAACCUGAGACCCUCAGGCACGAACCAGCUGUAGAACUUGAGACCCGCAGGCACAAACCCAUUGUAGAACUUGACACCCUUGGCCUUGAAAUAUUAGGGGGACCAGAGACCCACAGACCUGAAUCUUAUAGGGAACCGGAGACUUGCCUACAUGAACCCAUUCUGGGGCUUGAAACCCACAGGCAUGAAUCUGUUAGUGUAUUAGAGACCCACAGACAUAGACCUGAGCCUGUUCGGGAGCUGGCGGCCCACACCCCGGAGCCUGUUCGGGAGCUGGCGGCCCGCACCCCGGAGCCUGUUCGGGAGCUGGCGGCCCGCACCCCGGAGCCUGUUCGGGAGCUGGCGGCCCGCACCCCGGAGCCUGUUCGGGAGCUGGCGGCCCACACCCCGGAGCCUGUCCCUCAUGGUGACCUAAACAUCCCUGAAAGUUGUAGGAACGAGACCUGCAUACCUGAACCUGUUAAGGAACAAACCUGUGCAAUUAAAACUAUUGAGAAAGACCUGACUGAGCCUUUAAAGGAAUGUAAAAGUGGACCAGAACCCGUUAACAGUGAGAUAAACAAACCAGGAGUUCUUGGAGAAGAGAAGGAUGAAUCUUUUACAGAUGUGGUGGAUGAUAUGCUAGAUGAUUUUGAUUUUAUAAAAAGUGAAGAAACACAAGAUCCAAAAGUCGCUGUGAGGUUAGAGGAGAUUAAACUCGCAGUUAAGAAGGAGGAUUCAGUAAUUAAACCAGAGGCAGAAAAAUGUGUUGCUAGUACAUCUAAUAAAUCCAAGCCCACUGUUAAGCGAGUAACCUGGAAUCUUCAGGAAGAUGACGAAACAUCUGGAAAGUCUGGGCGAAUUCCUCUUUAUAAAAUGCAAAGGAUUAACAAGGAUGGAAUGUGGAAGACUGGAGAUUCCAGCCAGAUUUUAAAUCAGGUGCAGUUAAAUGAACCUCCUCCAACCAAUUAUAUGGUUCCUCAACCUAUGUUUCCUGAUGUAGAUAUUUCAAAGGAUUUUUCAAAGAAUAUUCCUAUGGCAUCAACUAUCAAUACAGACUCACCUGUCUACAACCCUGUUAGCCAACCUACAGUCCAGUUCAUUAUUCAAGGAAGCCUUCCUCAUGUUGCAUCUGUUGCUGGUCAGCCUUUUUCUGCAGAAUCUGAAGGGAUAUUGCAAAAACCAAUUAUCAAAAAAGAAGCACAGAUAACUGAAGCAAGUUGUGCAUCUGAUAAAACCAAAAGUGAAGAAUACUUGAAGAAGCUUCAUAUGCAAGAAAGAGCUGUUGAGGAGGUUAAGCUUGCAAUAAAGCCAUUUUACCAGAAAAGAGAGAUCACAAAGGAGGAGUACAAAGAAAUUCUGCGAAAAGCUGUUAAAAAGGUUUGUCACAGCAAAAGUGGAGAAAUUAACCCAGUUAAAGUUGCAAAUUUAAUCAAAGCAUAUGUUGAUAAAUACAGACAAGCCAAAAAGCAUAAAAAGGAUUCUACAGGGUAGAAAUGGGAAGCUGGAAAGAAGAUUCCAUUGAUGAUGAUGAUGAUGAUGAUGAUAUCUUUAGUAAACGAAAAGUCAAGGGAAGCUGCAAAUCAUGUCUGUUCUUUGCAUUAUUAAUGAUAAGACUUUAUUUGCCAUCAUAACUGUAUUUCAUCCACAAGGAAAUGAACAUGGAACAUGUCAGAACUAUGCAGGAGGCUUCAAUUUUUCAUUUCUUUCUGUGUCACAUGUUCUUUUUAAUGAUGCCUGUAAGCCUCUAACAGAAUUUAUGUACUUAAAUUUUAAUGAGUACUUUAAUAGAUAGGUUUGCCACUUUAUCCGCUCUCUAUUGUCAGUUCCAUUUUCUUAAAAUCUAAUAAUGUUAAAACACUGAUGUUUGAUUUAUGCCAAGUAUUAUUGCAGUAAUAGUACUCUAAAGUUACUUUUCGGUCUCCACCAUUUAAAUGUUUUCUUAAAUUUCCUAAUUCAGGUUUUCUAUACAUUUGUGGCGACAAAAGCAAGUAAAAUUUAAAUUGAAAUGAGAUGUUGUCAUGGGCCAUUUAUAAACAUAGCCAAAGUAAUUUCGGCUGGUAUUGCUUUUCCUUAAAGCUCUUCAUGCAAAUAUUCUUACAGUAUGAGAAAAUACAUGACAGUUGUGGCAAACUGUUAAGCACUAAUUUACUGGUAUGUUUCCUUUUUGUUUUGUUUAGAUCACUGAAGGUGGGUUAACAAUUGUGUUAAUGGGCAAAACAAGCAGAAGUGACUAUUCACAAUUUGGCAAAAAAAGUAAAUAAUAAAGCUAAAGUUUUCAUUGCAUGAAUUAUUUUUUUUCUCUGACCCAUAAAAAUGACAGUGUGUUAUAAUAGAUGGCCCUGGUUUAGAUUCAAAAACCCCCUUCUUUUGGUUUUAUUAAGGUGUUGAGGAAUAAUUCAUAGUCAGUGAUUUGAUGGAUGCGUUGAUCAUACUGUUAUGAUCUGCUUCUGUUUAUAUUAGAACUUUAAAGGUUAAGAAGAGGAGUAUUCAGAAAUGCCCCAAAAAUGUCUUUUUCUUAUACUUGUAUGUGUUUCUAGGCAGUUUUCUCUAAGGAGGUCUUAGUGGUUUGAGUAUAAAAACAAAUAACUUAAUUGUCUAUCAAAAUGUUAUGUAAAUAUUUUUGAAGUGGGAUCAAGAGUUGAUUAUCAGGCUUAUUAAUGGAAAAAGAAUUAUAUAUUCUAGAGCUGUAAUAAAAUAUUUGAUGUAGGUACCUGAUUCUGAACUUCCCUCAGUCAGUCAGUGUUGAUUGUGUAGCAAAUAUGUACAGAAUAGCUAUAUCAAAACAAAACAUUUUUAUGCGACCUUUGCUUUUUCUGUACAGGUGAUUUGUAGUGAAGGUUUGAUAUCAACAACAAAAGACAUAAGUUUGAUCCUGAAGAUCAUAUAGCUGAGUGUGCUGGCUAUAUCUAUGCCUAAAUUCUCUGUUCUUGUUUAAUAUUUAAUAGGUUUAAAACCCUGAAUUGUAAUUUAUCUGCUUGUAAAUAAUUUCAUAAAAGGUGAAUAAAGUCACUUUUUCAACUUU